CCUUACGCUACAUCAAAGAAUCCAUUCACACACAGGCUCCGAAGGUGGAAAGAAUUUCAGCUGGAGGUGCACCUCUAUGUCCCAACCAAAAGCCCACCUAGGAGAAAAACCAUAUAAAUGUACCGACUGUGGAAAGACUUUCAGAAAAAGAACAGAUCUGAUUUCUCAUCAAAGAAUUCACACAGGGGAGAAACCCUACAAAUGCUCAGAGUGUGGAAAGACUUUCAGAUGGAAUACCCAACUGAGCUUGCAUCAAAGAACGCACACAGGGGAAGAACCAUAUACAUGUUCCCAGUGUGGAAAGAGUUUCAGUCGAAGUACGCAUCUCAGUUCACAUCAAAGACUUCACACAGGGGAGAAACCAUAUAAAUGCCCCGAGUGCGGAAAGAACUUUAGCUGGAGUCGCAACCUGUUGUCCCAUCAAAAAAUCCACCUGGUAGAAAAACCAUAUAAAUGUUCAGAUUGUGAGAAGAGUUUUGGAAACAGAACAGAUCUUAAUUCCCAUCAGAGGAUACACACAGGGGAGAAACCUUAUAAAUGCUCAGAGUGUGGAGAAUCGUUCAGUUGGAGUACUCAGCUGUCUUCACAUCGAAGAAUACACACAGGGGAGGAGCGAUUCAAAUGCUCAGAGUGUGGGAAGAGUUUCAGCCGGAGCACAAGUCUUUCUUCUCACCAGAGAAUCCACACAGGGGAGAAACCAUACGAAUGUUUGCAGUGUGGAAAGAGUUUCAGUCGGAGCACAUAUCUUACCUCACACAAAAGGAUUCACACCGGAGAGAAACCUUACAGGUGCUCAGAAUGUGGAAGGAAUUUCAGUCAGAGCGCUCACCUCGCUUCCCAUCAACGAAUCCACACGGGAGAGAAACCGUUUCAGUGUUCUGAGUGUGGGAGGAGCUUCAGUCAAAGAAGAAACCUUGCAUCCCAUCAGAAGAUCCAUACAGGGGACAAGCCGUAUCAAUGCCUAGAGUGUGGAAAGAGCUUCAUUCAGAGGACUAACUUGAUGGCUCAUGAGAGGAUCCACACAGGAGAGAAGCCGUACAAGUGCUCCGACUGCGGGAAGACAUUCGGGAAGAAGUCAACACUCAUCACCCAUGAGAGAAUCCACACAGAGGAGAAACCAUAUGAAUGUUCCGUCUGCGGGAGGAACUUCAGCCAGACCUCCAGCCUCAUUGCCCACGAGAGAAUCCACACAGAAGAAAAGCCGUAUGAGUGUUCAGAAUGCGGGAAGAGCUUCAGUUUGAAAUCAAGCCUGGUUGCCCAUGAGAGAAUCCACACGGGAGAGAAGCCAUACAAGUGCUCAGAGUGUGGGAAAAGCUUCAGCCAGAAAUCUGCCCUCAUUGCACACGUGAGAACACACAGAGGUGAGAAACCUUACACCUGCUCAGCAUGUGGGAAAUGCUUCAGCCAGAGCUCAAACCUUAUUGCGCAUGAAAGAAUCCACACGGGAGAGAAGCCGUACCAGUGCUCUGAUUGUGGGAGAAGCUUCAACUGCAGCUCCAGCCUUAUUAGGCACCAGAGGAUUCACACUGAGGACAAGCCGUAUGAGUGUUCGGACUGCGGGAAAAGCUUCAGUUGCAGUUCCAGCCUCAUUAGACAUCAGAGAACCCACACAGGAGAGAAGCCCUAUGAAUGCACGGACUGUGGCAAAACUUUCAGUGUGAGUUCCCAGCUUAGUGUGCAUCAGAGGACCCACACGGGAGAGAAGCCAUACAAAUGCUUGGACUGUGGGAAAAGCUUCAGCGUUAGAUCAAGCCUCAGUGCCCACCAGAGAAUCCACACUGGUGAGAAACCUUAUAAGUGUACGGACUGUCCGAAGAGCGUCUACUUGAGAUCUAGUCUCAAUGCACACAAAAGAACCCACGGAGGGAAGAAGCCGUAUGAUUGUGCAGACUGUGGGAAGAGCUUCACUUGCAGUUCAAACCUCAUUAGACACCAGAGGAUCCAUACGGGCGAGAAACCGUACAACUGUGCAGAUUGUGGCAAAAGCUUCACCUUGAGUUCAAACCUUAUUGCCCAUCAGAGGACACAUACAGGAGAGAAGCCGUACCAGUGCUCAGACUGUGGGAAAUUCUUCAGUGUGAGUUCUCAGCUCAAUGUGCACCAGAGAAUCCACACGGGAGAGAAGCCGUUUGAAUGCUCAGACUGCGGCAAGAGCUUCACUUGCAGUUCGGGCCUUAUUAGACACCAGAGGACUCACACGGGAGAGAAACCCUAUCAGUGCUCAGACUGUGGGAAAAGGUUCAACCUGAGUUCGAAUCUCAUUACACACCAGAAGACUCAUAGGGGGGAGAAACCCUACAAAUGUGUGUACUGUGGGGAAAGUUUCUAUACAAGACCAAAUUUUGUUGACCAUCAUAAAGCCAACCAUGUAGACGCUGUAAAUGUGAACACAGGCACCAGUAGCAUUAAGCAGAACUCCCAAUCGAUUAACUAUCAAAUAAAUUAUGUAGGAUGGGAUUGAUGAUAGAGGGAUUAAUGAUCCCACAGAAGCAUAUUCUUGUACGAGAACCCUUUUAAUUUAAAAAUUGUCUUUCAAUAACCAGCAUUUUCAAGGUGGCUUACCUAGACAUUUUUUAAAAAUCCCUGUGAUGGGAUAGAAGCACCCCUUCCUUCAAAAGGAAAUAGUGCUUUACACAGAGAGUGAAUUUGCUGCCAGAG